CACGGCUUGAGGCGAAGUCUGUGCCGUAGUCAUAAGCUCUCCACCUCUGUGCAACAAGGAGAAGAGAAUAGAGACCCAAGUUAGCGUUGAGAAGCACAGCUGCCGGGGAUCUCGAGUGUGAGUGGUGGGGGUACAUGGUCCAUGCUCCUGUGGCUGUCUGUGUGUGUCAGGUGAGUUUGCUCCCUGAGACAAUGGCUGACAUUUUUGACUGUCAUGCUAUCCAAUACAUCCCAAUAGGACUUGUGUUUGAGGGUGCAGUUUUUCAAUAGGUGUAAUAAUGUGGUUUCAGACACGUGAAGAUUUUGUGGAGGGUUUUUAUGACGAUUUUAAUUGCAGUGUGUUGUCCUUUGGGGGGUACAGUACCAUGAACGGUGCUUCAAAUGAAUUUUGCCGUAAAUCAUCCAGAGUUGUGCGCACUUCCUCUCGAAACCCUCUGUGUGUCAGGUGACCAGGGCGGAUGGAGGAGGGGGCCAGCAGUCGCAGUAGGCCUACUCAGGAGGAGGAGGAAGAGGCAGCGGGGCCGGCCUCAGGACAGGAGACGCAGCCACAGCCCGAGCCUCAACCAGAGUCGCCACGCCGCGGCAGGGGACGGCCACGCAAACAACAAGAGGAGCCUGUGGGACCUCCUCCACCCAGAAGGCCUCGUGGGCGGCCCAGGGGAAGCAAGAGCAAGCAGGCCACCACUAAGAAGGUAGAACCUGUAGGCCAGAGAAGACCACGUGGUCGUCCCAGAAAAUGGCCACAGAAAAUAAGUGAAGAAGAACAGCAGGCUCAGGCGGCCCCCUCUCCCUCCGCGCCCCAACCCGAGUAGAAGGAGCUGUCGGAGGAGCAGGAGGGAAAAGUCACAACAGCAUGGAGAUGACUGACAGGUCGCUUCGCCAGACUCUGACCUCCUUACCUCCAGGCGCACAGCAGCAGCAGCAGACGCAGUCACAUUGGGUUUGCUCAGUAAAAAAAAAAAAUGCAGUGUUAAUUCAACACUUCUUCCUCUUUUCCACUGCUGGUUUUUUG